AUGGAGGUUCUCAACCGACUGUCAAAAGCGGGACUGCGUAUACAAGGCGCCAAGUGUCAGUUCUUCAAAGAGAGCCUGGAGUACUUGGGGCACCAGAUAGACGCAAAUGGCAUCUACCUGUCAAAGGCCAAAGUCGAGGUGAUUCACAAAGCACCUGCACCAAAGAACAAGAAUGGGCUCCAAGCUUUUCUAGCAGACGUCGCAUCAGCCACUCUGCGUGAUCGUUGCCUGUCGCGUGUGAAGAAAUGGGUCGCGACUGGCUGGCCAGAACAAGGUGUGCCCCCAGAAUAUGCCGCCUAUCAGGCCUUCUCUACCAUUGCUCUGUUUGCCGUCGUGGCGUACACGGCUUUCGCCGAAGAGGCCGCCAAGAAAGACGUGGAAAAGGAAGAUAAUAAGGACGUGGAAGGCCGUGGUGGCGUCCUGGGUGGCUUGGGUGGUUAUGGCGCAGGCAUCGGACCUGGCCUUGCGGGCGCUGGACUUGGAGGCCCCGGGCUUGUCGGUGGCGGAGUAGUCGGCAGCCCAGCUCUUGUCGGAGCUGGUCUCGGGCAUGGAGUUGGCCUGGGACACGGCGUCGGCGGCGGCUUCCAGUCGGGAUACGCUGCUACUGCCGGAGGACACCAGGCUGGCUUCCAGAAAGGCGCCGUGGGACACAACCAGGGGUCCGGUGCCUUCGCUGGCGGCUUUUCAAACAAGAACGUGAACGCCUACAACAACAACCAGGGCUACAGCCACAGCUCGGGCUUCUCCUCCAGCGACAGCAAGAACUUCGGCUCUGGCCACCAGCAGGGUUCUUCUGGUUUCCACGGAGGCGCCGCCGGAAACCAGGCCGGAUUCGGACACUCCUCUUUCCGAAAGGCGGCGGGAGUGGGCCACGCGGGCGUCGGCCUCCACGGCUAAAUGUGGGCACCAUUUACGCAUUGUGUAAAGUACUGGAAAAUCACCUUGA